AUGGGCAUGCUAAAUGGCUUGGCGGCAGCGACUGCUCUCUUCCUUCCGCGCGCAGAGAGAUCUCGCUUUUCUUCGCCGCGAAACACCAGCUCAAAAGGUCGGGAAUACAUUGGCUCUCCAGCCAAAAAGGCAAAAUCAUCGUCAUCGCAACAAAGCCCACAUGAAAACCCGUCCACAGAUAUUGAAAGCUCCGGAAUCAAGAGAACCGUUGAUACUAAUUUCGAGACACAAGAAGCGUGGACCUUCCUGGUGACGCAGGCAUCGUCCGAGGCUCAAGUUCAUCGUCUCAUGAAGGUGUUGGAAGGGGUUCUGGAGGGCCCCCAAACAGACCGAAAUCUUCUAUCGCAGAUUGUGUCUCGCAUUGUGCGUCUUUUUCAAGGGAGAAAAGUUAUUGAUCAAGAGGCACAGAGAUUCGAAUGCGCCGGUCGCUUCUCCCUCGUCUUUCUCACUCACGACAUUGAGGUAAUCAAAGCUCAGGAUUGGAAGCUAGCGCCUGGACAGAGUCGUCAGCAUGCGGCAGUGAUGUCAAUUUCAAAACAACUGAAUGUGGAGCCAGAUGAGAUCAAGAAGGAGUGGAGGCGAAGUCGGAAUUAUGUUAAGUUGCUGGAGGAAUUGGGUCCAGCUUCUCUGUUGGAAUUGGGAACCGGGGUGAACUGGUACUGGGAGAAAGCUCUUACAAAACAGGACGUCCUUCUCUUCAUCCGAUUUUUUAGGGAAAGGUUGCCGUUACUCGAAGCCCGGAUCAAAGAAUUCAAUCAAGUCGCAGGCGAGAUGAUCUUGGACGGAAUGCUCGCCUAUGGGUGGACAAAAGAAGCCAUUUGUCAAACUGAAACUCGGCUUAGAAACGCUUUAUGUCGACAUUGUCCCGGAAUUUUUGGUCUUUCUCUCUCUACAUCCAGCGGGGAUUUAGCUGGCGAAUUAUCAGAUGAGGAAAUCGUUGAUUUUCAGGAAGGCCUGCCACUAGCAGAAGAACAGCUGCUUGAUUCGCUUUUCGGUCCGCUACCGUUCGAAGCAGAUCUCAAUAUACCAAGCUUACUAGGAAAUGAAUGGAAUAUGGAUGUGUCUCAUAGCCCUGUGGCAAGUUUUCUCGAAAAUGAUGGCAUAUUUCAGGAUAAUUCGGCAGACUUGGAAUAG